UCUGUGGAGUUGUUUCUCCACGGAGCGCAAUUAUAGUGGCACCGGGUGGACCCACAUAGCACUAUAGGCUAGUUAGAAGUAGCUAGCUAGUGUUGUACGCAUCUGUGCAACUGACAUUCUUCACGCGCUUAAUAAGAAAUGUUUCAUCCACUCGACGGCGUCAUUUUAAUCUAUAGCCACGCCAGCUGCCUCUUUCUGGACCAUUUUCGCCGCGUUUUGUCCCCCAUUGUCGACGCUAGCUUGCUGGUCAGUUAGCCUCCGUAAGCUAAGAAGCCAUCUUUACUUGCUACUGGUCUAGGUGUCAACAUUAUCAGCGACUUCAUUGGAUACUCGCUUGCCUGAGCUGUCAACUAAGGGACAAGUCAAGGUUCUGUGCAUCGGUGUCUGGGUUCUGGGGAUUGUAAUGUCCGAGCCCAAGACAGCCACUCCAAUCCCAGCUGGAGACACAUACAAGGGAUGGGUGUUCAAGUGGACUAAUUACAUCAAGGGUUAUCAGAGGCGCUGGUUCGUCUUGAGUAAUGGCUUGUUGUCCUACUACAGGACCCAGGCGGAAAUGGGCCACACUUGCCGUGGCACUAUCAACCUGGCGACGGCGACCAUCACCGUGGACGAUGCGUGCAACUUUGUCAUCUCUAACGGAGGCGCGCAGACGUAUCACCUGAAGGCCAGUUGUGAAGUCGAGCGACAGCGCUGGAUCACCGCGUUGGAGCUGGCUAAGGCCAAAGCGGCACGCCUUCAAACUGAGUCGGAUGACUCGGGUGACGACUUCUCUCAGUUGCCCCUGACUUCACCUUCUGGACAAGGUGGCGGUGGCGGCGGCGGCUCGCAAAAUUCCGAAGUCCAGUCGGCGCUGCGGACACUGGGCAGCAAGGUGGAGGAUCUGAGCACGUGCAACGAUCUCAUCUCCAAACACGGAUCAGCUCUCCAGAGGUCUUUGUCGGAGCUGGACAAUUUGCGUCUGACGGGAGAGGCGGGAGAUAAAAUUCGGCAGGUGACAGAGAGGGCGACGCUGUUCCGCAUCACCUCCAACGCUAUGAUCAAUGCAUGCCGAGACUUCCUGGCACUGGCGCAGGCGCACAGCAAGCGUUGGCAGAAGGCGCUGCAGGCGGAGCGGGAGCAGCGGGUGCGACUGGAGGAGACUCUGGAGCAGCUGGCGAAGCAACACAACCACCUGGAGCGAGCUUUCCGCGGUGCUGCUGCGCAGGCCAACGCCACCGCUGACAAUAAGAGCGCCGUUGCAGCAGCGAAAGGCGAGGCUAGCGAUGAGGAUGACGACAAUGAGUUCUUUGACGCCAUGGAAGAAGCCCCAGAGUUUAUCACUGUUCCUGCGGACCCUCGCUUCCACAAAAGGUCAAGCAGUAAUGCCAGCGGUUUCAAUAGUGAAAUGUGUUCGGAUGAUCAGUCACUGAACGAGGAGCCCCUGGCCAUGAACCAGGAGUCACCCUCGCAGGAGUUGUUGCCGCUGAAGAAGCGGCGCACGCGCAUCCCGGACAAGCCCAACUACUCGCUCAACUUGUGGAGCAUCAUGAAAAACUGCAUCGGCAAAGAGCUCUCCAAGAUUCCCAUGCCUGUGAACUUCAACGAGCCCAUUUCCAUGCUGCAGCGUCUGUCCGAGGACCUGGAGUACCAUGAGCUGCUGGACAAGGCGGCCAAGUGCCACAGCUCGCUGGAGCAGAUGUGCUACGUGGCUGCCUUCUCUGUCUCGUCCUACUCCACCACCGUCCACCGCACGAGCAAGCCCUUCAACCCGCUGCUGGGCGAGACGUACGAGCUGGACCGGCGGCGGGAGAGCGGCUACCGCUCCAUAUGUGAGCAGGUCAGUCAUCACCCGCCGGCCGCGGCUCAUCACGCCAUCUCCGAUCGCGGCUGGACUCUUAGGCAGGAAAUCACCGUCGCCAGCAAAUUCCGUGGCAAAUAUCUUUCCAUCAUGCCGUUGGGGACCAUUCACGCCAUUUUUGACAAGGGCAACAAUCACUACACGUGGAAGAAAGUGACCACCACAGUGCACAAUAUCAUCGUUGGGAAACUCUGGAUUGACCAGUCGGGAGAGAUCGAUGUGGUGAACCACACAACAGGAGACCGCUGCCAUUUGAAAUUUGCGCCUUACAGUUACUUUUCCAGAGAUGUGGCCAGAAAGGUGACCGGUGUGGUCAUGGAUAAGGAUGGCAAAGCCCACUACGUGCUGUCGGGAACCUGGGACGACAAGAUGGAGUUCUCCCGCGUGAUGCAAAGCAGCCGCGGCGGGGAGAACGGCUCCGAGGGCAAACAGAAGACCGUCUACCAAACCCUGAAAGCCAGAGAGGUGUGGCGGAAGAACCCUCUGCCUGAACGCGCCGAGACCAUGUAUUACUUCACUACCUUGGCGCUCACUCUAAACGAGCCCGAGGAGCCCGUGGCGCCCACGGACAGCCGGCGCCGUCCCGACCAGCGGCUCAUGGAGGACGGUCACUGGGACGAGGCCAACAGCGAGAAGCAGCGGCUGGAGGAGAAGCAGCGCAUCGCCCGGCGCGAGCGCGAGAGGGAGGCUCUCAGCCAGCGCGCCUCCGGCUACCCCGAUGAAGCUGUCGAUGAGGAUUCUCGAAACGAUCCAUCUAUGAAAAGCGCACCUCAUGAUCUCUACAAGGCACUUUGGUUCGAACGCUGCCAGGACCGAAUCACUGGUGAGCAGGUCCACAUCUAUAAAGGCGGCUACUGGGAAGCUAAAGAGCGCGGCCACUGGGAGGGCUGCCCAGACAUAUUUUGACCCCCACCUUCACCCGGUUAAAGAAACAGAAGCAGGAAAAAAAAGAAGAAGCUCCCCCGUUGGUUCUCUGUUCUAAGAGACCUCCAGGACGGUGGUAGGCCCUCAAGCUUGUCGUGAGUAGUGCUUCCUUCCACAUCCAUCCCUCAAAUUUGUGCGAUCAAUCGGUGGCCUUUAUGAAGACAAUUUAUUUCUGGUUUCUCUGAUGAUUUGUGUCUUAACGUCACGUCACUUACUGUGCGACUAUGUGUGGUUGGGUGGUUGGGUGUGUGUGUGUGUGUGUGUGGAGUGUGCUGGGAGACAGGGUGUUAUCUUGUUCAACUGUGAUAGAAUAGUCUCUCCUCCUCGCCUUUAACAACCUGUGCUCACUUGUCAGAAAAAUGUGUGAGUGAACUGGAUGCUCAGGUUUUAAUAUGGUUGGAAGUAAAAGAAGGCCGAAGUGAUUAUAAUUUUUUUUCAAGGAGAAAUACUUGUUUUAUGGUGUGAAGAAUAGAUACAUUUAAAGUAAAUGCAGUGCUGAUUUAAAAGAAAAUGCAUAUGCAAGCACAUGGUGACACCAAAAAAGUGUUUCGUCUUUUUUUUUUU